GUCGAGAUCACGAAUGAAAGAGAGCAAUUAAGCUUUCCUCUGCCUUCCACCUCUUCGCCAGCAGACCACUUCCUUGUCCCCCGAACAACCUCAAUUUUACUUGUUUUCUUUUGAUUCUGCAGCAGAAUGUCUGAAGAAUUCGAACCUCUGACAUCAACUCUGAAACCGAAGACCGAUGCGACCAUCACAGUGCGGUUGAUCAAGUCGUUCGAAUACCGGACUGAGAAAAACAUGGUGUUGAAGGAUCUUGAUCUGACGACGACGACGGUCGGCGACUUGCUCGAGCUGGCAAAGAAGAACAUCCAGACGCAGUCAGCGUACAGACCGUUCCGGAAUGUCGAGUUUGACACGCUUAAGCUCUACACUCAAGCACACGGAUCAAAGACGUCUAAUCUUAUAAUAAAUCUCGACCACGACGAGUGGAUCCUAUCCGAUCCGUCAAAGACCCUUGAGGAAUGUGGAUUUGUCAAUGAAACCGAGGUGUCAAUGUUCAAUCGCGAGCUGUUCGAGAAAUAUAAAGAGAACCCGGUGGAGAAGUGGUGAUAAUUUCAAUACAGAUGAGAAGUGGUGAUGAUUUUAAUACAGAUAAAGAUAGAUAUUGUGUAAUAUAUUAAUAAUACAGAU